CGUGCGAGAAACCGGAAAGGGAAGUGGUUGCGCCCGCCGGGCCGCGGCAAUGCAGAGGGAGGAGAAGCAGCUUGAGGCAUCAUUAGAUGCCCUGCUGAAUCAAGUGGCCGAUCUGAAGAAUUCACUGGGGAGUUUCAUUUACAAGUUGGAAAACGAGUAUGACCGGCUGACCUGGCCCUCUGUCCUGGACAGCUUUGCAUUGCUUUCUGGGCAGCUGAACACCCUGAACAAGGUCUUAAAGCAUGAGAAGACGCCACUGUUCCGAAACCAGGUCAUCAUCCCUCUGGUGCUGUCCCCAGACCGAGAUGAAGACCUCAUGCGUCAAACUGAAGGACGAGUGCCUGUUUUCAGCCAUGAGGUCGUCCCUGACCACUUGAGAACCAAGCCUGACCCUGAAGUUGAAGAGCAGGAGAAGCAGCUGACAACAGAUGCUGCCAGAAUUGGUGCUGAUGCAGCUCAGAAGCAGAUCCAGAGCUUGAAUAAAAUGUGCUCAAACCUUUUAGAGAAAAUCAGCAAAGAAGAACGAGAAUCAGAGAGCGGAGGUCUCCGGCCAAACAAGCAGACUUUCAACCCUGGAGACACCAAUGCCUUAGUAGCAGCCGUUGCCUUUGGGAAGGGGCUAUCUAAUUGGCGACCUUCAGGUAGCAGUGGUCCUGGCCAACCUGGUCAGCCAGGAGCUGGUACAAUCCUUGCAGGGGCCUCAGGAUUACCGCAGGUUCAGAUGCCAGGUGCUCCAAACCAGCAGCAGCCAAUGCUCAGUGGAGUCCAGAUGGCUCAGGCAGGUCAACCAGGGAAAAUGCCAAGUGGAAUAAAAACCAACAUCAAGUCGGCGUCAAUGCACCCGUACCAGCGGUGAGUGUGGACGGCAGCCUCCACUCUCAGGUGAUCUGUGCUGAGUUGAGCAAUGAAAUGAUUUUUUGCUCAAGGCUUAUUUAGAUGGGUACAGUAAAAAGAACACAGGCUUUCAGCAAGAGACAGAUAGCUCCACUGUGAAUAGCCAUUCGAACUUGGGAAAGUGAUCUAAUAUUUCUGAGCCUGUGUUCUCAUUUGUAAAUGUUGAUAAUACCUACCUCAUAGGGUUGUUGUGAGGAUUAAAAUGAAAAAAUGAAUGUAAAACACUUAGCAUGGUGUAUGCAAUUCUGGGUCUUGAAUAAAUGAUAGUUUCCUACCUUUCGACCCUGCCAUUCCUUGUCCUAUAUGCAGAACUUAUUGUGAUUUGGUUCGUCUCCAUGACAACAGUGAGCCAAUGGGCCCAGGAUCAAGUUAUCUGUGGUGGCCUGUAUGUGUUGGGGGCAUACUGUCUCUGCAGGUCCUCCUGCCCAGGUACAGCCUGCUGGCCCUAAAAGCUACAGGUGAGGAGGUUUCUGGAGAACACUGUCCACUUCCAGGUGUGUUGAGACCAGCUCAGCAAUUCCCUGGGAAAUAGGUAAACAUGCCUGUCUUUUACCCUCCUGUGCUGCUAAAGAUGCCCAGGGUCCAGCAGGUGGGAGAGCUCUUAAGAGGGACCCUGGCAGGCAACAACACGGAGAAUACUGUCUUCCUCCGUGGAGGGCAGUUGUGUUUUACAGUGCCGUGGGUUGGGGUUCAUUUGUCUGCACAGUAACGACUCCCUGUCUCUGUCCUCUUCCAUCUCACUGAAUGUGUGGCUCAGAUAAGAUCUGGAUUGAAAGUGGGAAGGGCAGCAGCCCCAUUCAUAUUGCCUGCUUUUGUAGAGUUGACGAACAGUGGAGUUUUGGACAGCCAGGCCUGUUGCCUUUCUCAGCGUUCUUUUCUGGGCAAGGGCAGAGAUUGAGUCAGCAGAAGUGGGCCAAAGGGUUUCUUUGUUUAAUAAAGAUAUUUAAAUUAUG